AUGUCUCCCCAUCUUAUCCGUUCCUUCGUUCUCGCCUCGCUCUUCAGCGCCCUCAUCAACGCAGAACCAUGCAAACCAAACGAAGUCAUCGACGACGUCGAAAUCUUCACAACCACAACCACAACCACCACCGCAACAGCCCAAGUAACCCACUCCUGCAUCGACAACAAACUAAGCCCCCCUCCCAAAGACCUCCUCUGCGGCGUAGAAGGAAACUCCUGGACGCGUGAUGAUUGGAUAGAAGACGAGACGAAAUUUGAUGGUGACGAACUAGACUGUCUUGCAAGAUGUUUUAAAGCGCGAAAGGAGGGAAAGGACUGCGUGUUGUUUGAGGUCCAGAAGGGUGCCAUGUGCUGGUUUAAUCAUAAUGAUCUGCUGAGCAAGAUGAAUCACUGCUGA